GCGAUUCCCUCCCCGCCCCCAUCCCUUCCCCGGCCCGCCUCCUCCUACCUCCGCAGUCCGCACCCCCUCCCCCAUUCCCCUCUCCGAUGGCUCUCCAAACCCUAAACCCCGCCACCGUCUCCCGGGCCCCGCUCCCCCUCGCGCGGCGCCACCCGCCGCAGCCCUUCCCGCACCUCCCUCCCCGCCGCCGCGUCGCCGGAGGCGGCGUCCGCCCCCGCGCCGCCGUCGCCGUCGCCGUCUCCGGCGCGGUCAACGAGGCCAGGAGGCGCCCGCCGCCCCAGGGCGGGGAUGGGAAGGAGACGGAUCUCGCCACGCUCGGCAACCUCUGCGUCGACGUCGUGCUCAGCGUGCCCUGCCUCCCGCCCGCGCAGCGCGACGAGCGCCUGGCCUACAUGGAGGGCCUGGCCGCCUCGCCGCCCGACCAGAAAUAUUGGGAGGCUGGUGGGAACUGCAAUUUGGCCUUUGCUGCAGCUAGGCUUGGGCUUCGCUGCUCCACACUGGGACAUGUAGGAGAGGAAGUUUAUGGGAAGUUUCUUCUUGAUGUGCUCGAGGCCGAGGGAAUUAGCGUUGUUGGGAUGCUUGAAAAUGCUGAUGUUACUGCAUGUCGACAAGCCUAUGAGACACUUCUAUGCUGGGUUCUUGUAGAUCCAUUUCAAAGACAUGGAUUCUGCAGCCGUGCAGACUUUAGUAAAGAGCCAGCUUUCAGUUGGAUACGUAAACUUCCAGCAGAAACCAAGAUAGCCAUUCAUCACUCUAAAAUAUUGUUUAGCAAUGGAUAUGCUUUUGAUGAAUUUUCCCCUGAUGUGAUUGCAUCUGCUAUUGAUUGUGCGAUUGAUGCGGGAACAUCAGUAUUCUUUGAUCCUGGGCCUCGUGGAAGAUCUCUCUUAAAUGGGAACCGGGAUGAACAGAGAGCACUGGAGCACGCUCUGAGGCUCAGCGAUGUUCUCCUUUUGACGUCAGAUGAGGCUGAGUCCCUAACCAACAUCGGAAACCCAAUUCAGGCAGGGCAAGAAUUGCUAAGAAGAGGAACCCGAACAAAAUGGGUUGUCAUCAAAAUGGGUUCUAAGGGAUCAAUCAUGAUCACCGAAAGUGCUGUUUCAUGUGCACCUUCUUUUAAGAUCCGCGUUGUGGACACGGUUGGAUGCGGAGAUAGCUUCACUGCUGCUAUAGCUUUCGGGUUCCUCCACGGGUUGCCGGCGAUUAGCACACUAGCACUAGCAAAUGCAGUUGGUGCUGCGACCGCCACCGGAUGUGGAGCAGGUAGGAAUGUCGCUCACCUAGAUAAAGUACUGAAUCUCUUGAGAGAGUCCGAUCUCAACGAGGAAGGAAAAACAUGGACCAAGUUGAUUGAAGGAUUGUCAGCCUGUCCUGAAGUUUCAGUCCUGUCCAAGACGCCAGUCAAUGGUUCCAGUGACCGCUUUGUGAAUGUUGUCCCUGUUAGCGGUGUGGUUUCCGACCUUUUGUCGAUGCUAGAGGUGGCACCGGAGCGAAGCACCGUCCAGGCUUAAUGCCAUGCUGAGUAGUAGAUUGUUGUAUUUUUUUAAAUGCGUAUAGAUUCUUUUUCAUUUUUACUGGUUCAUCAUGCUGCUCUCAGGUGAUGAACGAUAGUUUGAAGCCCAGGCUUCUUUGAAAGCCUUUUUCUGAUGAGAAUGUGAUUUUACCAAGUGGCAAGUGUGGUGCGAAGUCAUCUUCCAUAUGAUGAUUUGAUAAAAAAAAAGAAGGUGAUUUUGGUA